UUCCAUGUUUAAUAAAAAGCCAAUAUAUAAUUCACCAACUAAUAAAUAUCAAGAGUUCACAAAUGCCUACGUAUAUAGUAUUAUGGUGAGAAUGAGUAAUCAUGCUCCCGAUCGUGCUUCUGUCUGUCGUGAAGCUGCAAAUGAAUGGAAUAAUGUUAAAAAAAAGAACAUAGAAGAAAUUAAUGAAAUCAUUCGUAACUACAUGGCUACUCCACUUAAUCUAUAUGACAUACAAACGAUAAAAUACAAACGUUCAGUACCUGCAACGGAAUCAUGUCCACCUCCUCUUCCAACUGUUAAUUCAGUAGAUCCUUUAUCAGAAAUUCCUGCUAACGCAUCAGCCCAAAAAAAAGCGGCAGAUGAAAUUAUGAUUGCUGAAAAAAAACUUAAAGAAUUUGAACAAAUUUAUAAUAUCACUACUGAUAUUCAAGUCCGUAAUGAUAUAUAUCCAAAAAUAGAAAACCUGCAGGCUGAAAUUAAAACUAACAAAGAUAAAAUUAUCAA